AUGGCGAGAUCGAGGAAGAAGAUGAGUGGAAGUAAGGGGAAGGGAGCUCUUACUAAGGAGAUUAGGGAUUCUAUUUUCGUAUAUCCUUCAUCGAUUGGGAUCUCGGCGAGCUCUGGAUCUAGAUUGGAUGAAACAGUGAAUUUCUUGUCAUCUCAGGAGAUAGAGAGUGCAUCUCAGGAGAUGGAGAGUACAGGUCCUAAGGGCGCAAAGAGAAAGAUGUCUAUGGAAGAAAUUCUUGCUAGGACGAGAUCGUUGUCAGAUCCGCCUCCUCAGAUGGAUGCUGGUCAGCAGAUCUCUCAUCAGUUAAAUGAAUCUAAAUUACCUGUGGAUCCUUUCUUGGAUGUUGGUAGAGAUGUUGUUCAGCAGAAUGAAAAUCUGAGUGUAGCUGAUCACAUUGAUGAAGGUAAGCAGUAUGAAACAUCUCAGGGAAAAGUUAUGGAUCUGGAUAAUAAAGUUGACGAUCUUAAGAUUCUUGAUAGAAAAGAACAGGGAAUUAAGAAAUCUUUUGUUAGCCUAUUUUUAGACAAUAGAAAAGCUGGAAGUGGAUUAGCAUUAAAUUUUGUUCCAUCCUCUCAAAAAACCAUGGUUACAUUUAAUGAAGAUGAAUGUAAUGAGGGGAAAAAUCUUUGGAAAUUUGCAUUAAUCGGGCAUGUUAUUGGGAUGAAUGUUAGAUUUAAAGCCAUGGAGUCCUUUGUUACUAAAUUGUGGGGUAAAAUCUCAAUUCCAAAAGUAUUUUUACUUAAGCCGGGUAUUUUCUUGUUUGACUUUCAACAUGAAAGUAAUAUGAGAGAGAUACUUGAAGCUGGUCCAUGGUUUUUUGGGGCACGUCCUUUAGUUCUUAAACCCUGGACAAUUGACACUGAUAUUGAGAAAAUUCAGGACCAAAAAUAUCCUAUUUGGGUGCAAUUUCCUAAUUUGAGAUUGAAUCUAUGGAGCUCCAUUGGUAUAAGCAAGGUUGCAAGUUUAAUUGGCUGCCCUAUCACUACUGACAAGCUCACUGCUACAAGGCAGAGGCUGAGUUAUGCUAGGGUGCUAUUGGAAGUUGAUUUGCCUCUUAAAGAACCUUUGCCUGAUAUGGUUGAAAUUCAAGGGCCAAAUGGUAAUAGCUACUGCCAGAAGGUUAUAUAUGAAUUUAAGCCAAGGAAAAAUAUUGCUAGAAAGGUUUGUGUGCCUGUCAGGAAGCCUGAUCCUGUUGUUGGAUUGGCUAAGGCUACUGACAAACAUGCACAAUUGGAAAAAUGUGCACAGAUUGCUGGAAGUGAGCAGGAACAUGUUAAUAUGGCUGGUUCUGCGAGUUUUACUGGCAAAUGUGUACUUUAUGGUAAACAUGCACAGAAUGAUUCUGGUAUUGUUCAAGAAGGGUGCUCCAAAGAAAGGCUUAAACAAAAAGCUAAUUCUCCUACUGUCAAUAUCUCUGGUUUUACUACUGUCACUAGAGCUAGUGGUGCUAAAAGAAACAAAACUAGCUGGAGGGAAUUGCAGACUAUUGGAAAUACAGUUGCUAAAGAUUGGAAGUGGUUAUCUAACAUACAUAUGGCAAAUAAAGCUAGAAUAUGGAUUCUAUGGGAUAGUGACAUACUUUCAGUUCAGGAGGUUAAAACUUCUGAUCAAUAUAUUACAUGUGAUGUUAAAUCCAAGGAUGGGAAAUUGUCAUGUUUAAUCACUGCAGUUUAUGCUUUGAAUCAUAGUGAUGGUAGGAAAGUUUUAUGGGAGGACUUGUUAUCUUUCAAAAUGAAUGUGGAUUGUCCUUGGUUAGUGGGUGGAGAUUUUAAUGCUAUAACUAGUAGUGAUGAGAAAAUUAGGGGUGCUCCAGUAACUAACACUGAUACUGAUGAUUUCCAAAGCUUUGUUGCAGCUAGUAAGCUGGCUCAUAUAAAAACUACUGGCUAUUUUUUCACAUGGGGUAACAAGCAAAAUGCUGACACAAGAGUAUGGUCUAGGCUUGAUAGGACUUUGGUAAAUGAGGAUUGGAUUCUCAAUUACACCACAAGUCGGGUUGAGUAUUUGAUGCCUCUCUAUUCAAAUCAUUCUCCAGGACUUAUAACUAUUGGUGAUGAUAAUUUUGAGGGUAAAAAGCCUUUUAAGUUUUUUAAUAUGUGGACAAAGCACCCUAAAUUCCUGGAAGUGGUGAGGUCUGCUUGGAGCUUCAAUGUCAGGGGAUACAACAUGUACAAAUUUUAUUCUAAGCUCAAGAAUCUUAAACCUUUGCUUAAAGAGUUGAAUAAGAAGAACUUUAUGGAUAUUAGUCAACAAGUGCAACGAGCAAAAGCAGAAUUAUGGGAUGUUCAAGAGCAGUUAAAUUCUGACCUCUUCAAUCCAGUAUUGAUAUCAAAAGAAAAAUUUUGUAUAUCAAACUACACUAAAUUACUGGAAUUUAUGAAAUCUAAGAGGCAUCAAAAUAGAGUUCUAUCUUUGUAUACUGAGAAUGGCACAAGGUUAACUGACAUGUCUGAGAUUACUGCAGAGUUUGUUCAAUAUUUCAAGAAACUUUUGGGCAAUGCUAAAGGCACAAUUGCUACUGAUCCUAAUAUUAUUUCAAAUGGCCCUAUUUUGAACUCUGCUCAACAGAGAGAUUUAAGUUCUCCUGUUUCCAGAGAUGAGAUUAAACAGGCUCUAUUCUUAAUAGCUGACAGUAAGGCCCCUGGCCCUGAUGGGUUCAAUGCUGUUUUCUUCAAGCUAGGCUGCAUGGAGUAUUAUCAGUGA